GGGCCGAACGAACGCCGCUGCGGGCCCGGGAUUCCAGUGCCCGCGAAUGGGUUAACGUCCUGCGGUUUGACGCAGGAACGGUUAAUGGGAGGACAGGCGGCAGGUGGAGAGACAUGCAGACCGGAGACCGGCAGCAGAGGAGCCCAGCGCGUGCUGACAGUAGGGCUGAGCCGGAGAAGUAAGCGGCGAUCGCCGUUUGUCUCUGCAGCGGGCAAUAGAGUUGUAAUUGCGGGAUACAAGGAAGCUUCAUAUAUACAUUAAAAGAAAAAAAAAAAAAAAGCCGGAUAGAGCGUGUAGGCAUGGUUUCUCCGUCUGCCUCUGUCGUUGAACGGGACGCCGGUGAAUAACACUCGCAGUCAAUUGCUGGAUAAAUGACUUGAGAAACUCUCGUCGAAGUCAGCGGACAGAGAAAGCGGUUUCAUGGGAAAUGAAUGUGACCGGGAAGCAGCAGCCUGAGCUGAUCGAGCGACCCGCCAGCCUCUUGGUUCCAACUUCGACAAAAUCUGGAAUUGCUUUGCUGUACAAUGAAGAAACCAACAAUACCUAUGAUGUCUGCCUGAAAUUGACCAAAGAGGUAUUAACCAUACAGAAGUUGGAUGUGGUUUGCACAAGUGGAAGUGAAUCCCAAGUAAAUAAACUCCCACUUUCUAAAGCACAGAACUGUUGUACUGCGAAGACAAGCGACUGGCGGUCUGGGCUUAAGCAUCAAAGGAGGUGCAGAGCACAACGUGCCUGUGGUUAUUUCAAAGAUUUUCAAAGAUCAACCGAUCAGUCGGGGAAGCUGUUCGUCGGGGAUGCUGUGUUGCAGGUCAAUGGUAUCAAUGUAGAGCACUCUACUCAUGAGGAAGUUGUUCACCUCUUGCGUACUGCAGGAGAUGAGGUCACCAUCACUGUUCGCUACCUGCGAGAAGUUCCAUCAUUUCUAAAACUGCCCCUAGGUUCUCCUGGGCCACCCACGGAUCACAGCAGAGUAUCCUCUCCACUCUUUGACAGUGGCUUACAUUUAAAUGGGAAUGGAAACAACACAGCUCCAUCACCCCCUUCACCCUCAGCUAAUGAACCAAAGUAUGAGAAGCGCUGGCUGGAUGCCGUCUCCCUGCCCUUGUUGAUGGCCAGAGUCUCCAGAUACAAAGCUGGAACAGAUAAAUUAAGGUCCAACAGUUUUAAAGUCUUCGCCUUGGAUGAAGCCAGCACCAAUAUCCUUCAAUUUUGCACUGCAGCAGAAAGCACAGACUGGCUCCAAGCAAUAUCCACAAAUAUCAGUGACUUGACACAGGAGAACAUUAAGAUCAUCAACAAAUACUGCGCCUCAGAUGAUCAGAUUGUUCACAUGGGCUGGGCAUGGGAAAGCCCCGAGGGCAGCGCUGCUGGUCGAACUGGAGAAUUCAAGUUCUUGGCACUGAGAGGACCAUAUUUUUAUAUCUUCAGAAGUCCACCGAUCAAUGCUGCUGACUGGGGACAAGCUGAAACAACGUAUAACCUCUAUGAGGUUCUUUUCAAGGUUCACAAGCUGUGGAUGGCAGAAGACUGCUGGCUCCAGGCAAGACUCUACUUAGGCCUGGAACAUUCACCUGAGCAGCAGGACAGCGAGUCUCUGUGCUUCAGCAUUCUGGUCGGUCACGGCCAGAGCCACACCUUCAGGGUAGAGCUGGCCACUGACCUGGCUAUCUGGGAGAAAUCCUUCCAAAGAGCUGUCUUCUUGGAAGUGCAGCGAAUACGAUCCAAAAGCUACAUGUGCAGCAGCCAGGGGAAUGUAUUGUGCUUCACUAUAGAUUUUGGAUUGGGCUUCACCUGCUCAGAGGGCACUUCAAAGACUAUACUGUGGCGAUAUAAGUUCUCUCAACUUAAAGGCUCCUCUGAUGAUGGGAAAACCAGGGUAAAACUCCUUUUCAAGAAUGCUGAAAGCAAGCAAAUAGAAAUGAAAGAACUAGAGUUUGCUAAUCUGACAGCUGUCCUCCACUGUAUACAUUCUUUUAUCGCUGCCAAAGUGGCCUCCAUGGACCCUCUCUUUAUGUGCAGUCAAAGCUUCCCUGGAAAUUACAUGAACAGUUAAGAAGACACAUCCACAUCGUCAUGUGCACCUGAGGCAAAUCGACAGUAUUUUAUGCACAGAAACAAUUUAUGUAUAUCUUGUUCUUGCUAUUUUUGUAUGAACUACUGAAAAAUAUUUGUAAAAGAUUAUAGAGGUAGAUAAUGUAUGAAUUAAAGAUGGAAGGAAGAUGUAAUUAAUUUUUGAAAAGUAGAAAAAAACACAAUCUAAACAGAUUCACGAUUCUUCCAUUUAUUUAAGUUUUUCCUUUCAUUACAUUAUGAACACUGAUUCUGAGAGCAGGUUACUUGUCUAAUCUGUCACUUUGAAAGGUAACACCCAUGGGACCAUAUGGUGCUGUUUUUAGGAAGUACAGUUUUAACAGUCUACAUGAAUCUGAUGCGGGCUUAUUAUCAUGGGAGGAAUUCACAUUUGCCACAGACUCUCACAGUAGAACCGUAAUGAAAAGGUAAUCAUUCUCUGUUCCCAGUUCCUCUUGUUUAUUUAGUUCCCUUUUGCCAUGUCUGUGAAAAGGGAGAGAAAAAUAACACAAUCAUUUUACAAUAUAAUGCAGUCUAAUUAGCCUCCAAAUAACCACUGAAUUGGAUCAACACCGCUCUGAUAUAGUCCCAACUAAAAUGAAACAUAAGAAACUUCACACAGGCAGCAUUUACUGUAGGGCUACUGCAUUGGCUUGGGCUAAAUUGUAUGAUGUUUGUGCUAUUGUCUCCAUGUUUUGUAUCUAAUAAAACUAAAAUGCCUGAAGUCCACAUCUCUAUGGCUAGUGAUGACAUUUCACUGAAAUGUGGCAUUUCAGCUUUAAAAUAUUGUUAAAGACCCACUUUUAUCAGCUGCCGUUUUAAUACAGUGGGGAAUAAAAACUGUCUUCAGUUGCUUUAUGUAAUGGUUUCAAUGUUACUAUACAUAUUUGCUGUGUUUUCAAUAAACUGCUCAUAAAGCAAAACUGCCUAGUG